AUGAGAAGACUUCUCAUUAACAUAAUAUCGUUUUGUGUUGUAACUACAACGGCAAAAAGGAGUAAUGAUGAAUUAUUAAAACAAAUACAAUUGUGGAACGGGAUAAUGUCGAACGAUGAUCAAUUUAAUGCAAAUUACGAGGAAGCUAUAGUCCCGCAUUUUGACGACCACAGGAUUACGGAGAAGGAUAGAAACAUCAAAUAUUUAUAUCCGCGCCCAACGAAUCAGCGCGAUGCCGAAACACAAGACCCAACGAACCCUUUGCUUGACCGAAAAAUACAGAUUGUAAAUGACAAUCUAGCGCCAUUCUACAGAUUCGGUUGCAGAAAAUUUGAGGAUUUAAUUACGAAUCCGACUUGUCGAAGCAGUUAUUGUCGUUUCAAUUCAAAGGCCAACUUUAGGAAAGGCCACGAAGAGGAUCGUUUGUUGAGGGCGCUCUGCAGAACUCCUACAGACGACGGUAUCACAAAUUAUUUGAGAGACGACAUUUACGACAAAAGAAAUCUAUCAGUUAGAAAUAAAAUGAUAACUAAAAAUAGAAACGAAAAAAGUAAAUCUUAUAGAACCAAUAAAGUAUUUAAAAACAGGCCAGUCAAUAACAGGGGGAAAAAUACCGCACAGAAACCCAAAUUUGGCGGGAAACAUAAAAAAUCCAAGGAUCAGAUGAUAUCAGACUUAACAGCAUAUCUAGUUGACAGCAUGACCACGGUUAUUAGGAGCAUUGAACAGCAAUGUCUAGAGGAAAUCCACAAGGCUCAGAGCAUUGAAAAAUUCUUGACCGGAAUAAAGAAUGAAACUCGCCUAGCGCCUCACCAUGAGGCUAACAAUAAUGUUUAUGUUCCGAUAGCCCUAUACAAAAAAUUGGUAACUAAAAACGUCAAAGCAAAACCUUACUCGCCAUCGAAGCACACGAAUAGAUUAAAGAAAAAACAAAUUUACAGGAGAAGCGGUGAUCUACACAAGACAAACUACGGUCUGCCAUUUCAAUUACAGGUUCAAGGUUUAGGACAAGCUGUAUACACAAAUGACGCUGAAUGA